AUGCUCUAUUUACUAUAUUUCAGAAAAUCCUAAAAUAAGUUAAUUGUUUAGAAAUAAAAUAAAGUUGUUCCAGCUCCUGAAUAACCACAUGUAUAAUUACAUCGUUCUUAAUCUGUUGAAUAAUCACUUAAAAAAAAUUUUAGACGUCAAAAUAAUCGACAUGGAACUCAAUCUGUUGAAACUUUUAAUGAAUCUGCUCAAAAAAGUUAAUCUUACUCUGUUAAAACUCCAUCAAAUUUGUUUUCAUCUAAAUAUUAGAUUCUCAAAGUCAGUUCUAAUGUUUUUACUAUGGAUAUUUCUUAAUAAAAAGAUAAAUUAUAAUCCAUACCUUCAAUGCAAGAAUUGCCAGAUACAGUAAGAGUUUAAGAUGCCAAUUUAUUAACAAUUACAGAAACAGAUGAGACACGAACAGAAUUUCUACAUUCAAGAACGAUUUUUAAAUUAAUUAAUAGGUUACUAGUAUUACAAGGAUUUUUAGGAUGCAUGUUAUUUAAUAAUUUGCAUUUUGCAUUAGCAAGUUUGCUUUCCUUAAUUACAAUUUGGAUUAUUAGAUUUUUCUAAACAACUAAUAUUUAUUUUGAUGUCUUCUAAUUGACACUUUUUGUUUCCUUUGAUAUUACAUCUCUAUUCUUUUUUUAUCCAAAUGAAAUAUGGACAUAUACAUAUUUGGUUUUGCUUGGAAUAGAAAUUUUUUUGGAAUUAAUUAUAUUGAAUACUUAAAAGUAGAAAAAUUUUGAAAAUUUACAAACUACCGCAUAAGAUCAACCUUGA